CGGGUCCCUUGUCUCCCUGUCCAAGAUGGCGGCCGCGGGCGGCGGCGCGGCGGGAAGCGGCGGGGUCGAGUGAGGCGGCCGUGGCCUGUCCCCAUCCUGCGGCCGCGACUCGGUGGCGGCGUGCCUUGUCGCCGCUGGGCGGCCCCGCAGUCGGGGCACGCCCGGGCCUGCUGCAGGGGCGGAGCCGCGGCUUGGCGUGAGGCUGGAGCCCACUCGGACCUUUUCCUAUAGAUGGGAACGGGGGAAGGAGCCCGGACGUGGCAACUCAUUCACAGGCUCCUGCAGGACCACCAUGGCUUAUGAUGGCACCAAGAAGAAAGAAGAGUACCUAGAGAGUCACCGAAGUGUUGAUGACGGGCUGGCACCUGGCAGGAUACAGCGAGAGAAAAAACGCUCAUACAAGGAUCUUCUGCAAGAGGAAGAUGAGAAGACAACUCAGGACAGUGAGUUUUUUCCAGGGUCAGAAUCUCACAAAAAGAAGAGAAAGCACUCCUCCGAUGAGUUCUGCUACAGAGGUGUCUUGCCUUUGGAUCUACCGUCAAAGAAGAAAAAAAAAGCAGCUUCUAGCCCAUCCUCAGCUGAUACAUCCAUGGAUUUACUCAAGACUAUCACCUCACCUUUGGCCACAAGCUCAAAGUCUUCAAAGAGGAUCUCUGAAAAAUCAUCUCAUUCUUCCUCUGGCCAUUCUGAAAGCAGAAAGGAGCAUCCCAAGAAGAAGCUGAGUGGGAGCAGUGGGGAGCACUCAGUGGAUGAUAGCAGUUCCCACAAAUCUAAAAAAAUGAAACCUCUUUACGUGAACACAGAGACACUUACUCUUCGUGAACCUGAUGGCUUGAAGAUGAAGCUCAUCCUUUCACCAAAAGAGAAAAGUAGUGCACCAGAUGAUGAAUCUUUAUCCUACUCUUCAGCACCAGCAGCUGCAAAGAAAUCUUCAAAGAAAUCAGUUCGAGAUGAGCAAGGCUCAUUCCUGCUGGGCCACGAUCUGCAGAGCUUCCUGAAGUCAUCCCGGAAAAAGCACAAAUCACCUCCAGACUCCCAUCCACCUUCUGAGAGUUUUGGUGCUGACACCUCCCUUCAUUCAGAGGGCCAUGGAAGCGAGUAUGAGAUCUCAGGUCUGGAGGCACCACCAGAAUCUGGUUCUUCUUCUGGUGGAGAGUUGGAGGUUGGAGAGCUAGUGAUAGAUGACUCCUACCGGGAAAUCAAGAAAAAGAAAAAGUCAAAAAAAAAUAAGAAAAAAAAGGACAAGGAGAAACACAGAGAGAAGAAGCACUCCAAGUCUAAAAAGAGUUCUGGGCACUCUCCUGUGGCAGUAGCAGAAGUAAGAGUGUCACCACCACCCCCCUAUGUUGUUUCUCCACCUCCUCCUGCUGUUUUUCACUCAGAUGGUCAAGGUGAAAAGAGGAGGAAAAAGGAAGACAAGGAGAAGGACAAGCCUUGGGAAAAGGAAAAGGAAAGAGAAAAGGAAAGAGAAAAGGAAAAGGAAAGAGAAAAGGAAAAGGAACGAGAAAAAGAAAAGGAAAGAGAGAAAGAGAAGGAAAGAGAGAAGGAAAAGGAAAGAGAAAAAGAAAAGGAAAGAGAAAAAGAAAGAGAAAGAGACAAACCAAAGAAGAAAAACAUGUCUGCUUAUCAAGUAUUCUGUAAGGAAUAUCGUACAACUAUUGUGUCUGAGCACCCUGGAAUAGAUUUUGGAGAGCUAAGUAAAAAACUGGCUGAAGUGUGGAAGCAGCUACCUGAGAAGGAUAAACUGAUCUGGAAACAGAAAGCUCAAUAUCUCCAACACAAGCAGAAUAAAGCAGAGGCCACCACUGUGAAGAGAAARGCAUCAUCUUCAGAUGGUGCACCAAAAAUGAAAGCUUCUCCAACAGGAGUGAUUUCCCCUCAUAAGAAAUCCCCCAGCRGCACCGUGGUGGUGCCUUCCUCACCAGCCAAAGUCCCUGAGACAGAUCCUAUUGAUGUAGCUGCACAUUUACAGUUGCUGGGUGAAUCUCUGAGCCUCAUUGGACACAGACUGCAGGAAACAGAGGGAAUGGUGGCUGUUUCAGGAAGUUUGUCAGUACUCCUAGAUUCAAUCAUCUGUGCUUUGGGCCCAUUGGCAUGUCUGACCACACAACUACCUGAGUUGAAUGGCUGCCCGAAGCAUGUUUUGUCAAACACACUAGACAACAUUGCCUACAUCAUGCCUGGACUUUGAUGGGAAAAGAUCCUGGGAUGUACUCAACCUCUGUGUAACUGACUUGUGUACAUGCACUACGCCAGCGCUCUCGAAGGGCUCCACGUGGAGRCUUUUAAAGUUUUAUAUAUAUAGUAUAUACAUAGGAUUGUAACUAUUUGACUUCUAUUUUAUGGAAAGUAUUGAAGUUAAGCUGAGAAAACCCUUUUGUGUUGGUGGGUGAAAUGUCCUCCAAUCUGCAAGUAUUCUGUAUGAAGAAUUCAGAAAGCUUUUGAGAUAUUUGCCUUAAAUUCAGAUUUAAUGGGGGAAGCAGACAGAGAAUGGACUUCUCAAUAUAAAGAAGAAAGCUGUCACCAUGAUAGUGGUCAUUGAAACAGGUAGCCCAGAGAGGUUUUGACUCUCCUUCCUUGAAAACUGAAUGACCAGCCUGCUCUAGUUGGACUUUCUUUAAGCAGGGAAAUGGAUCAGACAGCCUCCUAAUACCCCUGCCAAACUAAAGUGUUCUGAUAUUUCAUGGGCAGGUAGAGAUGAUAAUAUAUUUUGGACCAAGGARUAGAACUGAAUUCUUCACCAGCCCUAUUUGUAACUCUUUUUCUGUUUAAAAUACACUGCUUGAGGGGAAAGCUUAAUAGCUUUUUGCCUCUUGGUCACUUUUUCCAACCUCUCUUCAGUCAAUAAAAGUUGUCACGGUCAGCUGGCUGGUCUGGUAGCUGGCCUUUGAAGUGAAGACAAAAACAAGUUUAAUUUUUCUUUGUGGACUCAUACUCAAAUCAUCAUUAGCACAAUGUAUCAACCCAUUGCAUUGGCUUGAGAGAAUGAACCUCCUGCUGAUAUUUCCACAGCUUGGUCAGCCUGCUUUCAUGGAGAGGAAUACAGAAGCAGAUGGGAGAAACUUGGAUUGCUUCUGCCCAUCUUGCACCUGUUUGGUGAAAUGGCUCAUUCCCCCUCCCUUUCACCAGCAGUAUUGCAGGAGCUGUAAUGGUGCUGCUGCAAGGCAGUAACCAGUGGCCAAUUUGAAGCAGUUACGGCCAAAUAAGGCACAUGUGGGUUGAUUYGAUUGGUUUCCCUUCCUUCCAGCCACAUACUUGGAGUUUGGUUUUCUGCUCCUCUGGAAGAGGAGCUACAGGAGAAGACUUGAUUCCUGUUUAGGCUUUUGUCUGUGUGUAUGUAUGUGUAUGUGGUGUUCAUAUCAYAUGUAUUUAACUUUUACCAGUAUCUGUAACAGAUUUUUAUUUAUCCUGUAUAUUUCUCUGUGUGUGUGUAUAUAUUUAUAUAUAUAUACAUAAUUUAAAAGCAAAAACUCCUCCCUCAGCCAAUAGUGUGUGGAAAACGUGAAUCAAGUUUGCCUCACCUCACUUCCUGCAGGAAUCAACUCUGUAUAUAGUAGUAAGCAUUGGCAUUGUGUAAGGAAAUACCAGGAUUCUAAAUGUUUGUAGAAACAGGCUAUCUUUUAAAGGUUGUUAGAACAACUGAAAUAGCAUUUGACUCAGGAUUUACCAGCUCUGUAACAGGAAAGUUUUAAAAUAACAGAAGAGGCAUUUUUUUACUUACAAGUAAGUCUAGCUUCUGUUUUUCAGGACAGUUGAGAAUGAGCUGUCCCUCAUUGUGGCUGAGCCCUAAAUCAGAAGUAAAUUAAACCCUGGCAUGUGGAGGAGGAUUUUCCUCGCCAUGCCUCUGGUAUUUAUUACCCAGAUAUACCUGUACAAGGUAGUCUGUCUCUGACGGAUCUUUUCUAAGAGCAGUGAGGGGUUUUCUCAGUGCAGGAGGCACAGAAGGUUCGCAGACCACCAGACCAGAACACAUGCUUUAACAACCUAUGACAAAUCCUAAUAAACCUGGAAUUAGGAAGGGCCCAGGAAAAAGGAAGUCCAAUCCUGCUUCAGAUCCUGGCCUAUACUAAAGCAUCUGCUGUUGUGAGAGGCACAAAAUAACUGGCUCUUUCCAGCCCUUCAAAACUGAGAACAUUGUGGUGAAGGGAUAGAUCUGCUUUUGAAGAAA